ACAAUUGCCCUUUACCCAAGGGGUGACUCCCCUCGGUACAUUUUAUUGAUCAGAAAAUACAACCGAAGUGGGAAUUCUCCAAUUUAAGGACGAUGAUUUCUGCAGCGAAGUGAUCAAUCCUAUCAAACCAACUCGACCUAUCCUCCCCUUUACCCCACCAUAUCUCGAAAUCGAAGGGCCUUAGCGCAAUUUUCGUCAGAACCUUAUUUGUAGGGCUUCUUCCGUUCUACAAAAAAGUUCUCUGCAAAAUUUCUGUAUCUCUCACCGUUUUCGAAAAAAUCUUGAUUCUAUCUCCCUCUCCAGGUGUGGGAAAACGUAAUGAUUUCACUAGAAUUUUCAUCAGUUCGUAGCCAUUUUGAAGGUCAUUGUCAGUGCGGAAUUUAAUGAACAUUUAAUUAAGAGUAAGGGGAGGGAGAUACAGCAUUUUUGUGUGUGUGUCAGACUAUCUGGGUGCGAGGAUGUGAGGAACGCAGUGAGGGGAAAGGCCCUCGGCGCCUCUCGGUAUAGAAAAGCCAGUGAGUCAGUGAUGGCGUACGGUAGUGAGUGCCAGACCAGCUGUUCUUAUCCCCUAACCUACGUCUGUUGUUCUCCCAGUGAAGCCGCACACUGAGAUUACAUUAUCCAAAAGAAGUAAUAUUCAGUGUGAUAGUCGAGAUGAAAAUGGUGCCAGUGUACCUCGAGUGAUUUAUCAUUUUAUUUAACGUUUUCUCGGGUGAAAGCCCAUUUUCGUCGGCCUUGUCCCCUGCUGGGGCCGGUUAUUUCCUUUCGCUUUCAAAUUGUCAUUAUUCUGCUGAAAACAUCGUCGUUAUGGUAUUGUCAUUCGGGUAACGAUGCUGUGGUGUUUUAUAGGCGUUUACGUCCGGUGCAUUUACGGUGGAUGAACGGAGACGAUGGCAGAGUUGUCGUAAUAGUGAAUAUCAUUUUCUUCAGGGUUUUUAGUGGCUGGGGAUAGCCGACUCUUUCUUCUGGGUUCGCGUACCGACAUUUUUUUUUUGCGAGAAUAGACAUUUGCUCGGAAAUUCUGGUGCGAUUCGAGGGGAAGAUUUUUUUUGAAGAUUGGGGAACAGGCGAAAGAAAAGGGCAUCAAUUUUCGGUACAUCGCGAAUAAUACAAUAUAAAUAAAUGAACAGAAAUUAAACAAUCCCCGUGAACAAUAAAAAUGUUUAUCGGCUAUAUAAAGCCUCGACGAAAAACUGAAUUCAAGGAUGUGCAGACAGUCGGGAAAAUCUUUGCCCGGGCGUCUGCGCUUUGUCAUGUGUGAGACUGAUGCCGUGUUGUGUGAUAGAGACUAUUCAGAAUAUUUCGAACGACGUCUGAGAAGUGCAGUAAAUCAGUAUUCCCGUGACAAGAUCAUUGUAUUAUUGGAAAGUCCCUCGAGCGUGUAAAAAAGGUGCCACAAUGUUGAAGGACCUGAGCCAGACCGGCAGCAAGUAUUUGCAGUCGAGUUCAGGUUCAGCGAAAUCGAAGGAUUCUCAAGUGCACAGUUCCAGUGGUAUUCCAUUGCCUCGAAAUUACAAAGUCGACAGUAAAAUUCUGAAGACUGAGAAAAAUCGUCUGAAAUUGAUUCUCCGGAGUCAGGAGCAGGAUGUGAUAACUGAUGAUGCUGGCGAGAAAGAAGAGAGAAUCACCUGUCAGACGUCUGUCAAACCGAUAACUCUUCCGAAAUAUCAAGGGGAUUCUCCGAGAAUUGUCCGGACAGAACGCAAGGAGGAAACGCCGUUGCGUCGAGGAAAACAGCACCAGUCGGGUGCGCUCCACCCGGAUAAGCCGGACUUACCGGUGUACCCACGUUACUCCACCAGUACAACACCGACAUAUCAACUGGGUGCAGAUCAAGCCCAGGAUUCAUCUCCACCAGGAACCAAUUACUCCACAACAUCGAUACGAUGCAAGUACAGAGAAAGCAAUAAUGUCAUGGACUCCACGGGACAACAAGAGAUCGACCAGAAGACCGAGAUUUAUUCACCACCGGGCAGAGGCUACGACGAGGAGGGCAGCAGUGAGGAUGAUGUUAAGGGAGAUGACACCACCGAGGGACACAGACUGUCAUCUCUGUACCACGGUACUUGGCCUGUCAAGCAUAACACAUGGACAGCUCAAGGGUUUUCUGGUCAAUCGGGAAGUAACAAUCAUGAAAUGGCAAGUGUGAUGAGUUUCUCCUCUGGUAGUGGCUGCUCAGUAGGUCUUCAAGGUCACCGUCGUCUAGGUGCCAAAGUAGACGUCGUGUACAGCCUCCUGGGAAUGUUGGGCAGUAGCGAGGGUCGUGAGGACAUGUCUGGCACUCUCUUAGCCAUGAGCAACUCCCUAGACAGCUGCCUAGUGAUGCGUCAGUCUGGCUGUCUCCCCCUGUUAGUCCAACUGAUCCACGCCCCAGGGCAAGACCCAGAAACCCGAGAGCGCGCCUCACGAGCCCUUCACAACGUGAUCCACGCGAGAACCGACGAAAAAGUUGGGAGACGUGAGGCUCGUGUCCUGCGACUGCUGGAGCAAGUCAGGGACUACUGUCAGGUUCUCAGAACAUCUCUGGAGACCGAGCGACCACCGGACGACCUGGAGAGACACCCAGGGCCCACAAUAGCAGCGCUGAUGAAGCUCUCCUUCGACGAGGCUCAUAGACAUGCUAUGUGUCAACUCGGUGGUCUCCACGCUGUUGCUGAACUCAUAGAAAUGGAUCAUGCAGCUCAUGGCACUGAUUCAGAUGACCAGAGCUGUAUAACCCUGAGGAGAUAUGCCGGAAUGGCCCUGACGAACCUGACCUUCGGUGAUGGUAACAACAAAGCCCUGUUGUGCUCGUUCAGGGAAUUCAUGAAGGCACUUGUCACUCAGUUGAGGAGCCUCAGUGAUGAUUUGAGACAGGUGACAGCGAGUGUUCUCAGGAAUUUAUCUUGGCGAGCAGACUCCAGCUCCAAACAGACACUUCGUGAAGUUGGCGCUGUUAUUGGAUUGAUGAAGGCUGCCAUGGAGGGAAGAAAGGAAUCAACGUUGAAGUCCAUUUUGUCAGCCCUUUGGAACCUCUCCGCUCACUGCAGCACUAACAAAGUGGACAUUUGUGGAGUUGAGGGAGCAUUGGCAUUCCUCGUUGACAUGCUGAGUUACAAAGCCCCCUCCAAAACACUCGCUAUUGUCGAAAAUGCUGGAGGAAUACUGAGGAAUGUGUCAAGUCACAUUGCUGUCAGGGAGGACUAUCGACUCAUCGUGAGGGACCGUGGAUGUCUUCAGGUACUUCUACGACAGCUGAGAUCACCGAGUUUGACAGUUGUCAGUAAUGCGUGUGGUGCGUUGUGGAAUUUAUCAGCGAGAUGUCCUCAUGAUCAACGACUCCUGUGGGAUCUUGGAGCAGUACCAAUGCUCAGGAGUCUCGUUCAUUCCAAACAUAAAAUGAUAUCGAUGGGCUCGUCAGCAGCUUUGAAGAAUCUGUUGAGCGCUCGUCCUGGUGGCAGUAAUCUUGUUCAUCUUGAUUCAACAGCUCGUGGUCUUGGAUUGCCGACACUACCGACUUUGAAUGCCAGGAGGCAGCGGGCACUCGAGCAGGAAAUCGAUCAGAAUCUCUCGGAGACUUGUGAGAAUAUCGAGCCCAGCACAUCACCGACCACUAAGGACGACAAAUUUUCCUUUAAGGAGGACAGUGUUGCUGAUAUCAAGAGGAAUUAUGCAACUGGAGCUUGUAGGUACAAUGGUGUGCCGAGAAGUGAGAGCAGGGAGUCCAUGACGUCUGCCACCAGUACACAUUCAGAUACUAUUUUCGAGAGGGUGAAUCGUCACGUCAAUGGAUUUACACCAAGUGAAUUGCAGAUUAAACAGCAAUCAGCAUCCCUUCAUGCUGCUACUGGUUUCAGUGGUCAAGGAACGAGGGAUAGCAGCAAGACUAGUCAGUUGGAAAAGAAGUACGCUUUGAAGUACAAGAAUUCAAUUCCAGAACGUUUGAGACCCACUGACCUGGGCAUUACUUCGACGAUAUCCUGGGCAACUGGGCCUGAUCAGAACAGUUCCUGCUCCUUCCUCAGGACUUCUAUUGAGAAGAAAUUAUCAACUAGUUCAAGUGGGGCCAAAAUCAAGACUCCGAGCCCAAUAUCUCCAGUUGAUGUUGGCAAUUUUAGCGGUAACUGCAAUUUCGACGUGGGUGACUUCAUCAACAAGCCCAUUAUAUCACCCACUUCAUCUCACACAUCUGAGGGAGAUCCUUUUGGCAAUUAUGCAGAGACCGAUCUUGAUCAACCGACCAACUACAGCCUUCGUUAUGCUGAAAGAAAUUCAGAUGAGGAUGAGAAGCAGAGCUCUGGGUAUUUUGCUGGGAGUGAACAGGAUAUCGAGGAUACUAUCAAGACAUAUUGCACCGAAGGGACUCCCUAUGGAACGUCCUUGAAUUCAUCGAGAGCUGCGUCUCACUCUGAUCUCCAAGAUGAUGGGAAAAUCAAGCACUUGAGCAUUGAAAAGGACUCGUCAGUGAGAGUGUAUCCUAAACCGAGGAGCUGUCCUCUGAAGAAUCUGCCUGAAAAGACUUCAAAACCCCUGAGUCUGCCAGCAAAUACAAAAGAAGCUCAUUCAGACAUCGAUUCAGGUGUUCCAAUAGAGGAAGACGAGACCGAAACAACCGAUGCGAUAAUUGUCGAGUCAACGAUCACUCAUCUGACGUCUAUCGUAGUAGACGAGGAAUCGAAGCGUUUAAGCGACAAAAAACUCAGAGAGAAGAUUAACAAACGUUUGAACAUUGGCGAGCCAGAGAGCCUGACUGAAUCAAUGGCCAGUGAUGGUGAUGAUGAUGAUGAGGACCUCCUGGCAGCCUGCAUUCACGUUGGAAUGCAGAACAACCGUCAUCGACAAUCAUUUCGAAGGAACAGUCUGGAGAAAGCCACACGAGAGAGCAAUCUUGUUAGAUAUCAAACGAGUGUUGUUCUUCAUCAAAUGGACAAUCGAUUGUCGGAAGCCAGCAAUGAGGAUUCAACAAUGGAAUCCACUCUCGAUAAGAGUUCAAAGCUCUCCCCCAAGAGUCAAAGUACAGAUCAGAUAAAGUCUGAGAAUGCAUCAUUGGAGACUGUGGAUCCAGAGAGCAUUGACUCCUACGAUUCAGUCGAGAGAUCAGAGCAGGUGUUGCUGGAAUUUUGCAUAAAAUCCAGUCCAGGAAAUGUGGAGACGAUUGGACUCAGUGAACCAUCCUCCCCGAGUGAUGGGGCAGAGGUAGUUCAGCCUAACGGAUCAUCAGCAGCGAAAGCCAAAAUAAUUCCUCAAGCAGAAGCGCCACUGGAGGACGUCCACGAAUAUCGAAGGCAGCGUGAUCCAGACGCGAUGAUAGCGUCGCUGGACAGAUUGACAGCAACCCUGGUGCAGCAGACCGAGGCCAUGAGGGAGAGAGAGUCUUCAGCGAUGAAGCAGAGCAUCCAGAGUGAUACAUGGAACGAGGAUUCACCGAAUGACAAUUCAUUUCCAACUAUCAGCAUGAGUGUACCUCUGGUGGCCUCCUUCAAGAGUGAUACUGAAGAGGACAAGGCUGAGGACACCCAGACAAUAUCCAAGACAUCCUUCAACGAUCACAGCAAUAUGACAACAUCAAGGAUCAUUCAGCAAGAGGCAUUCAGGCUCGCUGAAGCUGUCAACGCAGAAUUUCGAGUGCUGAGUCUCACGUGUCAUGAUCUGGAGGCGAUAAAGCCCCCGUCCUCGAUGAAUAGUUUGAUAUCACUGACGAGUAGCUACGUUGGUCCCGAAAUCCUGGACAAUACGACUCCUCGUGAUCACUGUCACACCAGUUCCCUUCCCACAGCUAUUCCCAAGGGUCGUGGGGGGAGGAAAAAAUCAUUGCCAGUUGGCAUUGUUGCCAGACGAGCACUGGGGCAGGGACCGAGCCAAACUGGCAGUCUCGACAGUCUUCUGAAUGACAGCACUGGCUCGCAACUCGAAAAUGUCAAACCACCGUCCAUGAUGGACGAACUCCUCGACACUGGGGACAUGGAAAGCAGCAUGUUGAGUGUCGCAAGCAUAACUUCGGAGAUUGCUGACUCGAAGGAUCAAGACUCCAACAGUUUAACGAGCAGUGAUCCUAUUUUUGAUCUGAUAAAACCAGUUGCCAAUGUUUUAUCAAUGACUUGCCUCAAGUAUGCUGAGAACAGCGCCAAUAAUAGUUUAUCUGAGUACUUGGAGAACAUAAAUCCACCCUCACUUUUCAACGAAAUCAGUGAGAUCGAUGACACUACGAUCGAUGCCAACACUGACACAAUGUGCAGUGACACACUUUGCAUUGAUGUUGAAUUAAAAACUGAGGAGAUUUCGGGUAUCGACAGAAUUGAGGAAGGUGAUAAUGACACUGAUGAGGCCGCGACCCCGAUAUCAACGGAGUAUAGUCUCAGUAGUUCAGCUGAAUCCACUCCCAAGAGAAAAUUGUCCAGUAAAAAUCACUUGACACCGAAGCAAAAGCGACAGCUGGCGAAGGAGAGGUACAAGACAUACACGAUAGCAGCUGAGUUGGUGAAGAAGGAGGAGGAGGAGAGAAGGAAGCACCAGGGUGAUCCGAAUAAUCGAGUUACUCGACCGAAAUUAUCCCCAUUCUCGAAGCUAACACCCAAGCAGAGGAGACAGGAGGAUCGUGCUAGAUUUCAGACUCAAGUUCUUGGAGCUCCAUUUGGUGCUGUCAAUCCAUCGAGGGAAGGAGAGGACCAGGAUAAGAGUAUUAAUACAGCAACGGUGACACUGAAGACUGGAAUUCCCUCGUUGAGGAGCUUCUCCAGUCUGAAAGUGAAGAAGAAUCGUGAGGACAGCAGGGGACGUUAUCGAACUAGAACGUUGGAGGAUUCAGACUCUCAACCUGAUCAGAGUAACGAGAGCAAUCAAGGUAUUGAGGACUCCGGGGAGGGAACGUCAGAAGAAAUGCAGACAAUGUUGCAGCAGAAUGCUAACAUUGUCCUUCACACUCUGAACGAAACAAAAGCAGAGGAAUCGAUUGUGGAUAUGGAGACAAUAAGUCUAAUUUCUCAUGCCUCUGGUGCUGAGAUAAGCCUCAGGAUGCGUCUAGGUGAUGGAAUGGGGACGAAGUAUUCGACUUUUGUGAAGAAGAAGAGCUCUCAGGCUGUAGCUGUCUCACAGGAGGUCUGGCAAGCUGUUGAGGAGCCCCAGGCCCCUGAACCCCAGCCAGAGGAGGAAGAGCUCUCGUCAGAAGGGAGUGACUCCGAGAGUGAAAAUGGCACAUCCCCAGUGAAGCAGCAGCCGAAACGUCCCCGAAUCAUCAAGCCAGGGAGUCGUGAUCCAUCUGUCGACACCAAUGACGUUGAUAAGGAGCCUGUGAGUCCCAAGGGCAUCAGAGGCAGACGAAAAGCCCUCUAUUCCAAGCCGACGAUCCCCAAAAAAAUCACUCCACAGUCGUCUCCAGUAAAGCAGAGCUCCAGCGGCAUUCCCAUUGGUCGGAACACUUCCUCGACAGUAGUUCGUGCCACCAGAGCAACGACCCUUCGACAAACCACCAACGCGAACAACUCUAAAGCCCUCGGGAGCCCGAAAAAUGUGAGUGUGAAUAAGGCUGUUGCCCUGUCGAAACGAAGCUCGAUCCCCCAGCGAGGACCCACCACUACUCCAGAGGAGACAGUGAAACGUCAUAGCACCCCUCCAGGAUGUCUGUCCAGUCCUUCCAAGAAAUCUGAAGUCAUAAAGCCACUGGAACGACAAGGGACCUUCACCAAGGACGAGCCUGAGAUGGAAAACACACCGAUGGUGAUGAACUCCCCCAGCAAAUCAAAAAUAGCAAAACCAACUAGGGGGUCACCUGUCCACGCUGUCCCAGCAAAGUCCAAGAUAUCGGUCAGAAGUUUUCAGUCCAAGUUGACCAAGUGCUCCAGUGCUGACGGUAUACCCAGUCAGAAAACUGGAGUGACCAAACGCCAGGUGGAGAGUGGAAAAAAUCCGGAUCUGACUAACGCACAAGGAAAGAAACUGGGGCAGAGAUCCAACAGCAACUCCAGCAUUGUUUCCCAGACGUCAGCUGGGGGAUCACAGAAGCUGACGAAGGAAACCACCAGUAAAAUAGCGAGUCUGUGGAAGAAAGUUGAGGAGAGUAGGAAUAAACAGAAGUACGAGAAACCAGAUAGCAGGCAGUGGAUCACAGCUGACAGUCAGAAGACUGAUGGAGAGACUGUUGUCCAGCAGUUGCCGACGUUGCGGCUCUUUCGUAGCUCGACAUUCGAGGGUGUGCCAAAGGAAACGGGCAUCAGGAUGCCUCAUAAAUUGGGAAAGGUAGCGGAGAGACAGCUGGGGGCUUGUUACAGAAAUUCUUGUGAUUUGACGGAAAUAAAUGCCAACGAUUCAUCCAGCAGGAUUCCAAAAUUUGGGGACAAAACUGAUGGCAGAGGAGUGAGCAGUGGUGGCGGAACUGUUGUCCUCAGGAAGCAGAAGAGCGAGGGAUCCGACUGCGAUGCCAAGAGGAUAUCACGACUUGGGUCUUUCUUCAGGGUUGACUCGGAGCAUCAGGGAUCGUCUGAGCAUUCUGCCACUGGAAGUGGAAGCCCAGGUAGCCAUCUCAGAUGCGAUGGUGCAGGACAGGAGGACAGGGAGGGCUCAAACAGUAUCGCUACUGCGUCGUCCAAAGUCACAAGUGUUUGAAAAUUUUUUGAUUUCAUUGUGGAGGAGGAGAAUUCCGAGGGUUGAGUGUUGGCUGGGAUAUUCUAAUGGAUUUCUGAGGGUUUUUUUGGGGACGUGGGGUUCCGAGAGAUUCAAAGGAGGGCUCCGCCAUUUCCUGGGGGUUUUAGGAGAUUGGAAUGUUCGAUCGGAAUAUUUUGUUUUCCAAAAAAAAAAAAAAAUAGUGUUUAGGCUGGUUUUUUCAAUUUUUUUUUUACUUUGGAUUGAAGACAAAUAUUGAUUUGGAUUUUCUUUGAAGCUUCCACUCAGGAUUAUAUUGACAUUACUAAGUUUAAGAUUUUUAUAAUUUUUUAGAUCAACCAAAAAUUUUAGUUGAGACUCGAACUUGCAAAAUCGAAUGCUUACUUCAAAAAUUUAUUUUAUACUUAAUUAUUCCAUAAUUUGAAUGAUGUCCUCCAUAAAAUAUUACCAAUUGAUAAUUAUCCGAAAAAAUCACAAAUUUCAACGAAUUCGUCGAAAAAUCCCCAGAAUGUCCGCGGGAAUAUUCAAGCGAGUAUUAGAUUUUUCUAUGAAAAUUAAUUCAUCCAUGUAAAUUGGCAUUUUUUCGUUCAGGCUAGUCAGUAUUGUUCUAAUUAGCCCCCAAAAUGAUUUUUCCCUCCAACCGUUACUAACCUUACGAGACUUAUUUUUACGUGGAGUCGAUGAAUUUCAUCUCCAUUUUGCGAUAUUAAGAUGCGCAGUUUUGUGAAUGUACAUAAGAUAAUCGAUGAGAGUGUAUGUCUACAGAGGCGUCAAGUUCACGCUUUGUUUAUUUAUUUUGCACUGUAUAUAACAGAUGGGAAUCACUACCAGGCAUUUUUUUAAAACAAUUAUUCUCACCAUGAGAAAAUAAUCGGGAGUUCUCUCUGGUUGUCACGUGAUUGCGUAAAAACACUCUCAAGACUGAUAGUAGAAAUGAAAAUCGCGAUAAAGUUGAGCAAAAUGAGAUGAAACAAUAAUAGUUUGAUUAUCAUUGAAUGCCGAUGACGUAUAACAACACUAGACCCUGAACAUUAUUUCGUUACUUGUAACCUCGUACUCCAGUGGUCUAAACAAAGAUAAUAAUAUGAGAGAACUCGAAUAAGAGAAUCCCAUCUCCAAUUAACAUUUAGAACGUCUAGUCUAUUUCGACGAACAAAAAAAAAUUCAUCGGGAAUACAUAAUCUAUUUUUAGCAUUUACGAGUUCGUAAUAAAAAAAAAAGCGAAAGUAAGUGAGAGAAGCAUUGAUUCAAUGUCAUUUUCUCUGGUAGUAUUGAAGUCAUCCCGGUAAAUCUUAAUCAUUGAACAGUUAUUUUAAGGAAUAAAUUGCACGACGGGUCUCCAUCCGUCGCUUUUUUGUUUGUUAACAAUCGAAAAUUGUCUUUACGAGUGGAAAAAUAUUCUGCUGCCAUGUGUAUAUACAUUUCUUUGCCUUCUCUUUUGUUCAUCAUGUCACUAGGAGUCUUCUCUACUUCCCAUUGGAUUCGCGGAAGAUGGAUGAAAGGAAGAGCAAUGGUUUCUCUGUGAAGUGAAUGCUUAGUUCUAAAUACCCAUUUAAUUAAUUGGUUCGCGUAAAAAUGCAUUUAUAACAGCUCCUCGUCUAGCCUGAGUUGAUUAAAUUUAACUCUUUUGACUAGAAAUUUGUACGUGGGGAGUAUGAGGUGUCUCGUUGUUUUAUAAUUAUUUUUUUCUUUUCUUUCCCAGCUUCAUGACAAUUAGAGCGUCUGUGCUUGUUUGCUAACAGUCUGAGUGAUAGUUGGAAAUGUCAGUUAUCGCUCUUUUGUUACGACACUCGUAAGCUUUUGGGAAAGUUUAAAAUCAGUUGUAUAUUAUUGAAAAAUCAGAAAUAAAAUUUAUAGCUAAUACAUGUGACAUCUGUCAAUAAAACCCAAAGAUUUACAAAGUAGAGAAAUUGAUUUAUGUGUUUUUUUUAUAAUAUUAUUUUUAUUAUAUCACUGUUUUUCUCUAGUUAGUACGGAUAGUCGUAAAGAUUAAUGGACUUGUCUUCUGACACUGAUACCAGCGUCUGGUUUUUCUCUGGGUGGUAUUUCACUGCCCACACCUGAAAGAAGAAUCAUUAUUUAAACAUUCUUCACUGUAGAUGGAAAUGGAAAUAUUAAAAUUGAGGUUUUUACAUUUUA